GUCGUCCAUCUUUCUUUUUGGCGUGGCGUCGGUCGGCAACGGACGUGAAGUGAUUGUUUUACUUAUUGAUUUUGUAGUCGUGACGCGUCAAAGAAGCUUCCGUUGGAACUUAUACGCUGAAAAGAAGUAAUUUUUAAUUUAAUUGUUGAUAAUUUUAUAAGCUUUUACUCUACGUGGUCAAAAUGAGGCCGCAACAGAAUGGUGACGAUGGUUUUGACGAGCCCGAGGUCCACCGCAAAAUAUUUAUUGGUGGUCUUAAUUAUCGCACUUCGGACGAGUCUCUAAAAGCUCAUUUUGAAAAAUGGGGAGAAAUCGUGGACGUAGUCGUAAUGAAAGAUCCCAAAACAAAGCGAUCUCGUGGAUUUGGCUUCAUCACGUACUCGAAGGCGCACAUGGUAGAUGACGCGCAAAACAACCGACCCCACCGGAUCGAUGGACGGAUUGUUGAAACUAAGAGAGCUGUGGCAAGACAGGAUAUUAAAAACCCAGAAGCUGGGGCCACAGUGAAGAAACUGUUUAUUGGUGGAAUUAAAGAUGACCACGAUGAAGAUCAAUUAAGAGAGUACUUUUCCAAUUAUGGAAAUGUACAAAAUGUUAGCAUAGUUACAGACAAGGGCACUGGAAAGAAAAGGGGAUUCGGUUUUGUAGAAUUUGAUGACUAUGAUCCAGUUGACAAGAUUUGCUUGAAUGCACCCCAUAAAAUUAAUGGAAAACAAUUAGAUGUUAAAAAAGCCUUACCUAAAGAUGGAUCUGACCAGAGAGGAGGCAGACAAGGCUCCGGAAGAAAUGACAGUUGGGGUAACGGAGGAGGAGGUUAUGGAAACAACCAGGGUGGCUGGAACAAUUCCAAUCCAUGGGAUAACAAUCAAGGGGGUUGGGGUGGAAGCCAAGGGGGUGGUGGCUAUGGGGGUGGAGGCAAUCAGAGAGGGGGUUGGGGGGGUGGUAACCAGGACUUUGGCAGUUACAACCAACAGGGUUACAGUGGGGGGCCGACCCGUAACCAGCAGUAUAGCAAUAACCGUUCCACGCCGUACAAUGUGAACCAGAGCAGUGGUGGUGGCGGCGGUGGCGGUGGCUAUGGCGGCGGCAGCUACGGCGGGGGCCAGGGCCGUGGAGGAGGCAGAUUCUAAAUUCCGUUUCGUGCUAAGUCCACUAGUAGUGCAGAGUAUAUCGUGCUAGUGUAGGCUACGCUCCGGAGCACUAGUUACUCUACUCUGGUCUACACGCGAGACCACCUAGGAGAAGCCGUCAGGAAACCCAUAGAUUUAGUUGGACCUCUAUUCUUAUCUUUUAGAAAAUAUAGAUUUUUAAAUAUGUACUGAUAUGUAAGUUCUUCUAUUUAUUGUAGUACUUAGGUACUUAUCGUGACAUACUUGUAAGGAUUUAGCAUAGUUUGUGAAGUUAAAAAAUAGAUACUUUUUUACGGAUAUAUAAGUACAAUUUAGGUUAUCUUGUAAGAAUACCCUUGAAUUAGACGCUAGGAAAAUCGAUUAAGCAGACAUUGAUUUGAAAUGGAUCAUGAUUUUUUUAAUAUCUUUUACUCAGUAUUAAGUUCUCAAAUAGCUGUUACAUGAUAGGUAUAGUGAUUUUGUAGGAUAAUUUAUGUAAUAAAAUUUUAAAACAGCAGUAGGGUUGUUUAUUUAGCACUGAUCUGUAAAUAUACCUUUUUUUGUGAGAAUAUAGUAGCAUAACAUAAAUUAAUUGCUUGAAUAUCAUAAUAAUAUGUUACUUGUAUUCAAUCUUAAAAUGUUCAAUUUAGAAUUAUAGAACAUUUGUCUUUAGGGAUAAUUAAAAUUCCAAUUAAUUA